AUGCUCCCCGCUGCGCUGGUCAGCGUGUAUCGACAGUACAAGGACGACACGGACGCGGUCGCCUCGUGGCUUGCCUCCACGGCUGACGCAGCGGGCUGCCCUGAUGAGCUGCUCCCCGAAGGCGUCAGACUCCAGAGACAGAUGCAACAGCAAAACCAGCAGCAACAGCAGCCGAAGACGAAGAAUAAGCCGGUAACGUGCAGGGGGAAGGGCAAGCCAAGGAGGAAGACCAAGGCGAGAGCAGCUCCGGAAACAACCACCACCGCUGUCGACGCCGGCAGCAACAACCGACACACCAUCCGCAUCAAGGCCUUCGUCCCGCUUGCAGAGCACAUUGUCUCUUCCGGGGCUGUUGCGUCGGUGCCGGCCAGGGUCUGGGCCGUGCUGAAGCGCGUCAUCAGGGCGCGGGCGGCGUUUGGAAGCAAGCUAACGAGACAUGGCGAGGAGCUGUCCCCGGACGCGCAGCGUACGCACGAGUUUUUCGUGGAUGUGCUCUGCCGAGUUCGCGACGUGCUUGACCCGCUGGUUCCGGCGGCACCAGCGGACGACCAUCAGAGUCACGACAAGGAGGGCACCAACGAGUAUGCCAGCAACAGGUUCGCCGGCCUCAAGGUGUACGAGCCGUCGGAUGAGUUCUUGAAUACACCGGUACCUCCUCGGUCGGACAAGGAAGCCGUCAACAACACGAAAUAUGAGGUCGAGGACCCGACGUCGUGGCAGGAUGCCCUGUUUGCGUAUGCCAUGCUUGUCCAGGAUGUCAGCAAGAUUCGCGCUCAAAUCGUCGGCAUCUGGGCUCAGUCCAAGGCCAAGUUCGAUCCCAUGGCCGCUGCCAUUGCCACCGACACCGCCAUAGACUUCGCCCGUGGAGUCAUGGCCGAUGUGCUGCCGCUGCUGGACGCGCAUGGCGGCCUCUUGCACGUAGCGCGUCAAUACUACCUCGCCACAUGCCUCGCAGAAGGCUACGACCCAGAGGACCUCAAGUGCUCUGCGAAGGACCCUAUAAAUUUCGACACGUUGGGCGUUGCGGAGGUGUGCUUUUGCACGGCCAUUCUCCACGUCAGCGCCAUCCACAAACUCAGCCAGUCUGACGAACUCUUGACCUCAAGUCGGACCGCCUUCGAUUUUGACAAGCCGUCGCGAGAACGGGCCACCAUGAGCAAUGAGGACAAGUUUCUGGAGGACUUUUAUCUUGUGAGGGAUCAUUACUGCGAGGCGCUGGCUGUGUUGCGCGGUGUGCCCUCAUACCCCGUCCGCGACGAGUUCAUUCGCAGCGUGGGUGAGAUGGAGAAGACGGGCUCCGCGACGUUCCGCGCGGCCUUUGCGGCUCAAGUCUUCCUUGACAUAUACCAUUGUCUGCGCUCUGAGGCUGUCGAUGUUUUCAACCAUUUGAUACGGCAGAUGGUCCACAUGGCGACCCAGCUGGAGCUUCAUUUCGACUUCCAUCACGGCGCGGACAUCAGACGUGGCUCCGCACGCGCCACCAGCGAUGAGGCCCUUCGAAACAUACUCGAACAGAUCAAGUGGCUAUGGAAGGACCCCGUGUUGGAGUUCAAGAAGGAGGCAUACCGAGGGCAAAACGUGCAACGGCUGACCUGGCUGCAGCCUCACAAGAUGCUCCAGCGUUCCCCCGUCUUGAGCGGCCUGAUGCUCUAUCACAUCAGGACAAGACUGUACAGAGCAAGCUUCGACAUGAUCAACGCAUGGGAGUCCAUAAUCCAGGCGACCCAUCUCUAUAACGCACUCAGGCGGGAACGCCUAAUUGGAGUCUGGGCCGACUUGGAGGCAGCCGGGGCGAGGAUCAAUAUUUUGGACUGCUUCGUCGGCCGGGCACCCACUUGCCCAGUUGGCUAUCUACGGCGCUGGAUUAUGCAGAUGGGCAUUUCGCUAACCACCAUAAAGGACCCCAUUCGACUCAGAGGCUGGAUGCUUAUGCCGAAGAAAUCUCGAGCUGGCAGCCGGGGCAUCAAGACCCGAGUCCCCGUCUCGUCCAUGUUCGAAGGGCGGUAUUUGAGAAACGUCGAAGCGCUGGACUGGACGCUCGGGCAAAUCGAGGACAUAAUCGCGCGCACUAGUUAUACCAUGACUGACGAGCCGCGGCGACCUGGUAAUCCCGGAUACGAUUUCCUUCAAGUAUACGACUUCAGGCCUGGACCAGGGGAAGACCUCGACCAACACCUGCAGACCAUGCUUCAAAGCCUGGGCCACAAAAAUGCAGCCGGCGAGGUCAAAGUCACUCCGGAGCAGCUCGUGCUGUCUCUCGCUCGCUCGCUGCAGACGGAGGCAUGGGACCUGGCCUUCCCGUAUCUGCAGGCACAUCGUCGCUGUUGGACGUUUCUGCGAGCGGUCAAUCUUUCCCGCCUCCCGCUGCUGCAUCUUGCUGGCCCCGUGCCACAGUACUUGACGCGCGAAGACGGAAUGGCGUGGAUUGUGGGAUGGAUUCUCUGCGGCGGGACCACUGCGAGGAGGGUUUUGGGCCUGGAGCACGGGCUGUACCUCACCGCCGCGAACACCAUCAACGACCUUGUCGCGGCGGGCAAGGGCUCCAUUCUGACCGGCACCUGCUCGGAUCAAACAAACACCUUCAACUCUUCCUUUUUUGCUGCCUCACUGUGCAGCCGCCUCCGCCACCCGAAACCCUGGAAAUCAAAUUCAACACGCAACGACACAACCGCAAUCGAAAUGUCGCGCCUGCGCAUCAUAUGGCUCAUCAUGGCCGUCGUGGCGAGCCUCACCACCGUCCUCGGUCUCGAGCAGUGUGCCGAAGACUGCUUCUCCUCCUUCGGCAGCUCUGGCAGCAGCGAGGGCAACUGCAACGCAACCGACACGGCGUGCCAGUGCCGCGACAAGAACUUCAACGACUUCAUGCCGUGCUGCCUGUUUGACGCGUGCUCGAGCAGCGAACUCCAAGUGGUGCCCGCCAAAGUCAAAAAGGCGUGCGAACAGGCGAGCGUGCACCUCGAUGUGACGGACACGGACUGGGAGUGCAUGCCGAGACUCGAUGAGCCGACCACGAGCGUGCCUCAGAUCCCGAGUUUGGUGCUGCCCACGAGGAGCAUUCUCACACCCGCGGAGUCGACCAUCGCUAGCUCGACGGCUACUAUGUCUAUGACGACGACCACGACAGCGGAGGCGGCGUCGACAACCGAGCGAACAGUCACAAGGGCUUCUAUUUCCUCAAAGACCGACUCCGUGUCAAUGACUGUGUCGAUGACUGAAAGUGCAUCCCCUACGUCGACAACCGAAGGCGACCAGACUCGGGGUGGCCCUUCUCCGCUCACUGUCGGGCUCGGCGUGGGCUUGGGUGUCGGCGUUCCCGUGCUCAUCGCCGUGGCAGGCCUCGCGCACAUCUUGCGCCUCAUCAAACAUCAGGGCCAAGAUGGCCCUACCUCAGACACGCCGCUGUGUGGAACUGAGAAGGGUUACAAUGAAGCUACUGCGACAAGGACGGACGCUACCUACGGCCCGGGAGAGCUGCUCGGCGAUUCUACACACAAGCAGGAGCUUGCGGGUACGCCGCCAGUCAUGUACGCGGAGCUCCCAUGA